UGAGCCGCGCAGGGUGAUGACGCGGAGCAGUGGCGGCGGUGGCGGGAAGAUGGCGGCGGUGUGUGUCGGGUUUCGGAUGAUGGAGGCGGUGGUGAACGGGCUGCUGGAGAAAGAGCUGAGCGAGGGGGAGCUGGCCGAGACCAUCCGGGGCCUGCGGGAGCACGGAGCGCUGCGGGGGGAGGGUUCCUCGGCUUCCCUUCCGAACUUCCUUGCCAGCUGUAGCUCCCGGUUGGUGUCGGGUUCUACCAGGAUUGAAGGCUUGUCUCUCUUGUCCCUGCUUGUUGAGGAGUCUCCUACAGAUGUAUUCCAGCAGCAUUGUAUCUCCUGGAUUCGCAGCGUCUUGCAAGUCAUACAGUCCCAGGAUCCCCCCAGGGUGAUCAGCCUGGCGGUUUUCGUGCUACGCUCCCUACUCACGCAUUCCUCUGCACUGCCAGAAUUGUCACGGGAAAUCUCCACCAAUCACAUCCCGGGACUGCUCACGUCAUUGCUGGGCCUGAGACCUCAGUGUUUGAUGCCGGCUCUUGAAGGAAUCCGGUGCUGCAUGAUCACAUAUCCCCGAGCCUGUGGAUCCCUGCGGGGGAAGCUCACUGCCUUUUUCCUGAGUCUCUUGGAUGAAGAAAGUCUGCAGGUUCAGGAGCUGGCCUGCCAAUGCUUCUCCCUCCUGCCGUCACUAGGCUCUGGCUUCUCGCAGGGGGUUAAACACACAGAAAACUGGGAACGGCAGAUGCACAGCGUUCUGUGCUCGCUCCACACGGUGUUCCAGCAGCUCUAUCAAAGCGCAGAGACCGCACAGUCACAUAAACUUCUCCUCAAUUUACUUAACAGGGAGCAGUUCCCGGCUCCAGUGCGGGCGCCCGUGUCCGACAUUCUGAACCUUGUCUGCAGAGUGGUGAACGUGAGCGCUAAAAACUUGAGCUGGCAGGGAGAGGAGGCCAUCAAGCUACUUGUUCUACCUCGGGUCCAUCUGAGUGCUCUGGACAUCCUGGAGUCCACAAUCGUAGCAUGUGGACCCCGUCUCCUGCCAUUCUCUACAGUGAUUUGCAGGUUAUUCCCACAACUUCUAAGUUCCUGGGCAGCUGUUCGAGGGGCAAGCGGAAUACCACCCGGGCAGGAGAGGCCCUACAGUGCCCUCCGUGGAGCGGUGUAUCGUGUGCUGGAGCGAUGGGUGACCAUGUGUGGGGUUUCUUCAGGGGUUUUGCAAGGGAUGUCCCAUCACUCUGAUGUCUUACUAGCCCACCUUCUGAGUGAUAUCAAUCCACCCACAGACAAUGUUAAGAUAUCAGGAUUUGUGCAGCUUGGAGCAAAGAAGCAGAAAGUGUCAGAUAUGGUGAAUGGGGACUUCCAGAGCCACAGGAAGAGAGAAACUAGUGCAAACACUGAGCUGUGUAUAGCGUCCUUGAGAGCCCUUUGCUCCAUCAUUCUGUAUGGAGGUUCACUGAUAAAGGACGACACACAUCGGCGCCUUCAAGAGUUCUCCAUUCCCUUACUGCUGCGUCUUCAGCAAGGUUCCGAUCAGUGGGUCGGCCCAUACAUCAGCAGUGACUGCAGAAAACAACUUUAUCGGCUGCUUUUGUCCCUCAUCCUGACCCCGAGCCCUCGUCUGCCGGCUCCUCUGCACUGUGCUAUCAGGAUCUUCAGAGGGGGGAUAACAGAGGAAAGUCAACAGGUCUCCAUGUUCUGCACGGAAGCCCUUGCUAUUUGCCGCCUCAUCAUUCACCCUCGUGUGCCUACCCUUCAGCGACCCCUUCCACAGCACGGGCCACGUCCCCAACAACAGCCCGAGACACCCACCCAGAGACUUCCUGUUCCAGCUCGCCCGCUUAUUUUCCCAGCCCCGCCUCCAGUGAAUCACCUUCCAGUCAGAACCCCAGUUCCUCCGCAGCCCAUAGAGCCCCCAGCUGUCCCAGCAGUGCAGUCCCCUCAAGAGACUUUCGGAAAAACCGCCCACCCAAUCUUUGUCCACUACGAGAAAGAAGAAGCUUCAGAUGUGGAGAUUUCCUUAGAGAGCGAUUCGGAUGACAGUGUCGUCAUAGUGCCUAAAGGCUUCCUCCAAAAACCAGUGCCGAAAUCUGAGCCUUCCCCACCUUCUGUCAAGCCUCCUGCUGAAGAGGCAGCAGAGGUUCCUGCCCCAGCUAAUGUUCCAUCGCCAAGCGCGGCGGCACUUCCGCAGCAGGCACCUCCACCUCUGACGUGCCCAGGUCCUUCUGCUCCUCAAGUGCUAGUCGCCACAGAGGCACCCCCGCCUCCACCUCCCCCCGCUCCCCCGUCAGAAGGUGACAUGGUCAUAAACAUUAACAGCACUGAUGAUGAAGAGGAGGAAGAAGAUGAUGAAGAAGGAAUGUAUGAUGAGGAUGAAGAUGAAUAUUACGACGACGAAGAGGAAGAAGACCUGGAAGGUAUAGAUGAUGAUGAGGAAGAGGACGACUUUGAAGAUGAGGAAUGUAUGUCGGAAGAGGAUGAGGAAGAGGAGGAUCUCGACGCAGAAGAUGAUGAAGAGGAGGAGGUAGAGGAUGAAGAGGGCUUAAUGCACGAAGAUAUGCAGCUAAGUACAGCAGUGGAAGCUAUACAAGAUCAAGUUCAAGAGGACACUAAACCAGUAAUACAAGAACCAGAGUCGGAAGAGGGCCCGCCCCGUUUGUCCCCUGUGCAAGAUGAAGGUGGAGACACAGACCUCCUGAUGGUAGUAGAGAGCGAAGAUCGAGAGAACCCAGAGGAUGAUUUUCAGGACAGAGACACAGAAACAGAAGUGACAUCUAGCCCCUCUGCACCUCCCGUACUAUCUCCACCACCUCCGCCUCGUACAGACCCGGAACCCUCUCAAGAUGAGGAUACUGCAGAACCAGAGGAUGACUAUGUAUCCGAGUCAGAGCCACCUAUUAUCGAGGAGCCUGAAGAAGAAGAACCCGUGAAAGAACUGCAAGAGAGGAAGGUAGAGGUGCUUGUGGAAGAAGAAGAGGAGGAGGAGGAGGAAGAAAUGGAGGAAAUGCGUGAUGCCGAAUCUAUGCUGGCGGACUUUAUCGACUGCCCCCCAGACGAAGACGAAGUCCAGAGAACCAUCACGUGACCUGCGACUCUCUGUCCCCUCUCCGGAAAACACCGCGCCUCGUUGGACCUAUUUGCAUUAUAUUAAAUGCUCGCGGCCUCGCUCCAUCUCCCCCAAUACUGACCCCCAAGACCAUCUCGGCAGUGACUGGCUAUGGGCAAACCUGAGUGCUGGGCAUUUUCUUUUUUCAAUCUUUGUGUUGCAUUUAAAUGACUCGGUAUCCUGACAUAAAACAUGUUUUCUUUCUCGUAGGUGGGAUUUUCAUGGAUUUAUAUAUUUUUUUUAAGUUAACUAGGCUGCUGGGAACAGGACUUGGUUGGGUUUUUUUUUUUUUAAAAAAAGGUUCAUUUUG